AUCCUCUACCAUCCACUGAACCGCUGGCCCCAAUUCAACCUCACUCUCUCUCCUGAGUUGUGUGUUUUUUUUCUUGCGCUUUUCGAAAGUUGAACGAAGCCUCGGAACAAAAUUACGAGAAAGAUCGCAAACCCUAGAAACCAAUCCACCACCAUCUCUAGGGCUUUGCAGAUCGAAUUUGUGGUCGUUUUCUCUCUAACCACUGAUAUUUUCCCCCAUUUUCCUCCUUCCCUCAUUCACACUUAGCUCUUUUCUUUCGUUUUGCUAUCUCUCGUUGGAGCUUGUUUGGUGGCUGCGAAGCUCUGAGAAAGGAGAGAAGGUGUUUUUGUUUUAAAUGAACAUGUCACAGCCAACCUCAUUCUGGUGAAGACCAACAAUUUUCUGUCCCUCCUUUCUCUGAGAGCCUUGAUUCAGACAACUAAGUGCACAUCUGUUUUACAUUCUCAUCAUGGUUGCCACUGCAGCCACUUCUGCAUUCUUUGCAGUUGCUUCUCCAUCUUCUGAUCCAGAUGCAAAACCUUCCACCAAGCCGGGGGGUGGGUCUGCAAUUUUGAGGGGAAUCAAGUCAAGAAAUGCUCCUUCAGGCAGUUUGCAAGUUAAGGCAAAUGCCCAAGCCCCUCCUAAGAUAAAUGGUACCACAGUUGGUUAUACCUCCUCGGCGGGAGGCGUGAAGACUGAGGAUGACAUGUUGUCGCCUCCACCUAGGACUUUCAUCAACCAAUUGCCAGACUGGAGCAUGCUUCUUGCUGCUAUUACAACCAUCUUCUUGGCAGCUGAGAAGCAGUGGAUGAUGCUUGACUGGAAACCAAGGAGGUCUGACAUGCUAAUCGACCCAUUUGGCUUAGGGAAAAUUGUCCAAGAUGGUCUUGUUUUCAGGCAAAACUUCUCGAUUAGAUCAUAUGAAAUAGGUGCUGAUCGAACCGCAUCCAUAGAAACGUUGAUGAAUCAUUUACAGGAAACUGCACUUAACCAUGUUAGGACUGCUGGUCUUCUGGGUGAUGGUUUUGGUUCAACGCCAGAGAUGAGCAUAAGGAACCUAAUAUGGGUGGUCACUCGAAUGCAGGUUGUGGUAGAUCGGUACCCUACUUGGGGUGAUGUUGUUCAAGUGGAUACUUGGGUAUGUGCAUCUGGGAAGAAUGGCAUGCGUCGUGAUUGGAUAAUCCGUGAUUGCAAAACUGGGGAAACUCUAACCAGAGCCUCCAGUGUGUGGGUGAUGAUGAAUAAGCAGACCAGGAGAUUAUCAAAAAUUCCAGAUGCAGUUCGAGCUGAAAUAGAGCCUUAUUUUAUGGAUUCUGCUCCUAUUGUGGAUGAGGAUGGCAGAAAACUGCCCAAACUUGAUGACAGCACUGCGGAUUAUAUCCGCACAGGACUAACUCCUAGAUGGAGUGAUUUAGAUGUCAAUCAGCAUGUUAACAAUGUGAAGUACAUCGGUUGGAUCCUUGAGAGUGCUCCACUGCCAAUCUUGGAGAGUCACGAGCUUUCUUCCAUGACUCUGGAGUACAGGAGGGAGUGUGGAAGGGACAGUGUGCUGCAGUCCCUCACUGCUGUCUGUGGAACUGGUGUUGGUAAUUUGCUGGAUUGUGGAAAUGUUGAGUGCCAGCACCUUCUUCGACUUGAGGAAGGAGCUGAGAUUGUGAAGGGAAGGACCGAGUGGAGGCCAAAGUAUGCCCACAGCAUGGGGGGUGUGGGCCAGAUCCCAGCAGAAAGUGCUUGAUCUCCUUGCAGCUGGAGUUGCAGUAGGCCCUAUUGCUGCCACAUUGUUUCCGUAGAAUCUUGCUUGUGGGUUUUUUUUUUUUUUUUUUUUUGGGAUUUAUAUAUAUGUUUUUUUUCUUUAUAUAUAUAUAUAACGUAUAUGUUCCUUCUGAUUAGUCUUCCAUUGGAAAAAGAAGAAAAAGAAUCAGAAGCCCAUUGUAAUUAGCUCUUCGUGGACUUAGCAUCUUUAUUCUCUCUUUUAAGUUGGAUUCUCAAAUUGUAUAGUGGGGGUAAAAAGGGUUGAGUUGGUCGGUGGAUGGGGGGCCAGAGAACCGUAUGCGAUAUGCUUGAGGUACCCAAGCCCUUGGCUGUGCAAAACAUGUUGGAACUAUACAUUCAUAUUUAUUUUUUCGUAUUGUGGAAUAUUUAUUUAUUCUCUUUUCAGGA